AGUUUUACGCAAUUUAAAUUGGUGCUAGUGUCGUGUUAUCUGAAGGCGAUUCCUCGUGUAUAAACAUUCCCAAACCUCGCGAUAUGCACGUCACAUGAUACGGUCACGUGACUCCGCCUCUGAGAGAUGUCGUUCUAACAGUAUGCUGGAAUGGUCAGACUCAGAAGACAAGCGUGCAACAGACAGAACGGGCUUGAAACAGACGAACUGAAAAGCUGACCAACUCCCCGACACACGACCUGUCAGACAGAGACUGGCUACCGAAGGCGGGUUGAGGCGCCUUUCGCUGAUUCAUGAAUGACUAGUGGGGUCGUGGUACACACGGUCGAAUCCCCGUAGGACGUCUGACACCUGUGGUGGCUUGAAGAGAAUGAGGAUGGGGACACGAUUGUGAUCUUCUAAUGUAACAGACGUGUAUAGGGUAGCCUGAUGUGUUUUUCAAAAGAUCUAUAUUGUUUGUGCAGGCCGGUAUUACAAUGAUAUAUGUGAAAGCACAGGUGUGGUAACUCGGAGUCGAUUUAGGUAAUCUUCUUCCAUGUGUGCUAUGUGACGGGGAGGAAGAGGUUGACAGACAGCAAGUCGUCACGAUGCCGAGGCGCAGAAAGGAGGAUGUCAACUGUGACGCGAAGCAUGGGAAAAUGGGGAAACCCAUCCAAAGAAACGCAGCCAAUGCACGAGAAAGAGCUCGCAUGAGGGUGCUGAGUAAAGCUUUCUCCAAACUGAAAACCACCCUACCGUGGGUACCCGCGGACACUAAACUGUCAAAGCUGGACACUCUCCGCCUGGCGUCGAGUUAUAUCGCCCACCUGCAGCAGAUUCUGGACGCAGAGGAUGUUGAGACUCAGCAACAACUCAUCCAUCCUCUUAACCUGACCUGGCCGUUCACCUUCUCUGGGAGGGUCAUCGGCGGGGACAACAAGCCGUUAGACGCGCUGAAAAUCUCAGCUAAACAGGACACCUGCGCCAAGUGCUGAUUUCAUGUUUAACAAAUACAACAUUGUGAUACGGGGCUCCUGUGUAGAGCUACACAUGAACUCGUGGUUAUUUACUGGUCGACUAAUGGUUGAUGUGCUUCCAAUGGUCUGUCCCACGUACCAAAUUGCUCUACAAUAUCACAGGACAAACGACAGGGGAAGAAUCAUCCUAGCAACACAGUGCAAUUUGGGGUGACGUCUUCUUGUACCGUGAAAGUACAUAGGAAGACCCAACCUGACACCACGGGAAGACUUUACUUAUCAUGCUGACACAGGAAGACGUAUCCUAGCGACACCUGAAGACGUAUAAUAGCGACACAGGAAUACUAAACUUAUCCAAGCGACACAGGAAGGAGUAUCCAUGGACACAGGAAGACGUAUCCUAGCGACACAGGAAGGCUUACCUUGUGCUAGUGACACAGGAAGACUUUACUUAUCCCAGUAACACAGGCAGACUUAACAUAUCCCAGCGACACAGGAAGACUUUACUUAUCCCAGUAACACAGGCAGACUUAACAUAUCCCAGCGACAAAGGAAGACUUUACUUAUCCCAGUAACACAGGCAGACGUAACAUAUCCCAGCGACAAAGGAAGACUUUACUUAUCCCAGUAACACAGGCAGACGUAACAUAUCCCAGCGACAAAGGAAGACUUUACUUAUCCCAGUAAAACAGGCAGACGUAACAUAUCCCAGCGACAAAGGAAGACUUAUCCUUGAGACACAGGUGCGCUUAUCCUAGACACGUCAUUUUGACGCGCCUGUCAGUGUGGAGUGUCCGGCGAGUAAUGGCGUCUCUAAUGUGACAUAAAUAAAUGUGAGACGAGAACAGUAGAAGCGACUGUGACGUUACGUAGAACGUGACGUUUUGCGUCGCGCCAUGAUAGCCGAGCCAUGUUAUAGUAUCAGUACGUGUUUGUGAAGUGAUGUUUUGUCAAAUUCCAGUAAAACUUGGUACAUUAUUAAAACUGUUUUCUUUUCGAA